UAAAAGGGCAUGUGCAAGCCCUGUCGAGCAGACACUCCCGACUGAUCAGACCUCAGCGGACGGACAGACUUCUCUGCAGUACAGACAACAAACAAUCAGCCAAGAUGUGUUGCUCCGGCUUCCUCAAAAUAAUGAUGUUCGUCUUCAAUGGCGGUAUCUUUUUGGCAGGUGCAGCCAUCCUGGGUACGGGAAUAUGGGUAAAGGUGGACAGUGGCUCUCUGCUGGGUAUACUGGAUAACGUGGAAGGGGCUCCGUCUGAGUUGGACCAACUGGCCAGCAUCAGCUACGUGCUGAUCGCCGUGGGUGCCGUGCUGGUGGUCAUCGGCUUCCUUGGCUGCUGUGGAGCCAUCAAGGAGAGCCGGUGUAUGCUGCUGACGUUCUUCAGUAUUGUCCUGAUUAUCUUCAUCAUCGAAGUUGCCGGAGCUGUGGUGCUGAUUGUCUUCCAGGGUUUGGCUGAUCAGCUUCUUCAGGGUGUGGAGGAAGGAAUUAGAAAAGACCUCACAUCAAAGUACGGGAGCGAUGACAGAGUGACCUCUCUCUGGGACAGCACCAUGGAGAAGUUAAAGUGCUGUGGCGGCAGGAACUACACAGAUUUCGAUGACUCCCCUUUUGUCAGUAAAAAUGGAUUUUAUCCAAAUACGUGCUGCAAUGCAAACAUCGGCGAGGGUCAAUGCACUGAAAGCAGAGCUUCGGACUUCAUGGCUGAUGGCUGCAUUGACAGGAUAGUGCAGCUGAUAGAGGACAACGCUGUGAUUGUGGCUGCUGUGGCUCUUGGAAUCACUGCUCUUGAGAUUGCUGCCAUGGUCGUUUCGAUGGUUCUCUACAAGAACAUUGGCAAGCAACAACGUUCCCCAUCUGGGAUGAGAUAACAACACUGUCAGUUUUGGAGAAAUUGUACUUGUAAGCAGUUUUCUAUGUAAAAAAGUUUGUUUUUUGUUUGUUUUAAUUUGAUUCAGAACAGGCAUACACACUUUUAAUGCGUGUGUGUGUGUGUGUGUGUAAUGGCAUGUAGAGCAUUGUUAUGAUCUCAAAGAAGAAGAGGUCGUCAAUGGAGCUUGUGUGUUCAUUAAAACUGUAUUUGUACAGAUUUAUGUGAUUUAUUUAUGUUUUAAGAAGAAGGGCUGUCAUCAGCCGACUCUGUAUGUGCUGAUACGUGUCAAGUGUAAUGAUGCACAGGGCAGAAAGAAGCUGCAUGCUUGUGUCCCUCACACUCACUUAACUUAUAUGACAAAUUUAUUUUUGUACAUUUGAUCAUAUUGAAAUAAUAAAGAUCACAAUCUUGACUUAU